CCUCCUUGUUCUAUUUUCACCAAGGCAUUGUCCACCUAGCCAUCCUUCCAACUUACUAGAUGGAUGAAAACAAUCCUCCUCAGAAGAAGCGCUGGGAAUGGUUGAAGCCACAUUCAGACCCACAUUCGGUAGAGGACAGAGGCAGGAAGGCAGCCAGUCAAGAUGAUCUCACCCCUUCCCCUUCUGAAGCAAAUCGCGAGCAGUCUUCCAAUUCAGGGAUUGUAGAGGCCGAACAUCUCGACCCGAAGGUUGUGAAUGAAAGAAUCACCAAUGCUACCAAAGGUGUCGCAGGCAUUGGCCAGGUCCCAACAAUAGUCAAAGAUACUUCUUCCACGAUCAAAAAUCUACCAUCUGUGUCUGAUACAAUCAACUUGUUCUCCGCGUUGCUUAGACCAUUGAAGGCAUUUGACUCCAUUGCCAAUGAAAUCGCAAAUGUACAUCCCUACGCGAAGGUGGCACUGAGUAUCUUCACUUGCGCGUCCAAGAUGAUUCUCGAUCAGGCAGACCGCGAUGUCGCAGUUUCUAGUCUACUCUCGAAGAUAUCUGAAGUCUAUACUUUCAUCACAGAAGGGGAGGAAUUGGCCAAGAUCCAAUCAAUGUUAGCGAUAUAUGGGAAGAUAGCGCAGCAGAUGCUGGAGUGCGCUGAUUUUAUCAGCCAUUACUCCGAGAUGAAGAGCGCCUGGAUAAGACUCGGCAAGCAUGUUUUUGGCGAAAUGGACGCAACGAUUCAGAGCUAUAGCAAUGUUCUCGACAGUCUCAUGCAGCAAUUCUGA